GUCCCGUUCGGCAUCAAUCAGCGAAGCUGCGUCGAACAUGAAGAUCCCAGCAUUACUCGUCACGUCUCUGCUCGUCUGGGGGCUGGCCGAGGGCCGCGUGGUGGGUGUCGAGAAUAGCCAUGGCCUCGAGAAAUCCUCAGUAUCGUCGUCAUCGAUUAAGGUCGGAACAGCACGUGUGAGAGGCGAUGCAUCGGACGCGGGAGCGAUAUCCGUCCAAGACGCAUUGAACGUGGUCCGAGCAGGAGAGAGUGUAGGGUUGAACGUUGAUUUGGGCGCAGCCGCGCGGACCGCAGCUAAGGCCGCGGCUUCGCAAGCCGCCGAUACCGAGAAUGCCGAGGCUGGAGCCAAGGCAGCCAUCUUGAUGGCAAUCUCCAAACGCGAGGAGGCCAUCAAACUGAGCGAGAUCGCGCGUCAAAGAUUGACUACAGCUGCGAAGGCUGCCGAGGCACUGGUAUCUGCUGCUAGGAGGGCAGCCGAGCUGACAGCUGCCGCCAAGGCAGCAACGCAGGCAUCGGCGACCACAGCCGAGGCUGCUGCCCAAGCCCAAGUGAAGGCCAAUGCCGACUCGAUCAUCGCCAAGAAGGCCCAAGCUGCCGAGGCUAAAGCUGCCGCUGAAGCUGAAGUUAAAGCAAAGAUGGCGGCGAACGCAGCGGCCCAACUGUUGGCCAAAGCACGACUCGCGGCCAAGGAAGAAGCUUUGGCUACCAAACUUGCCGCAAUCGCGCAAGUCGCAAUCGCACGGGCUAGAAACGCGGUAGAAAAGGCACUGUCUGCUCAAUCCGGUGCCACGACUCAAUCUUCCAACGCCGUGAAAAUCGAAGGUCAAGCAGCGAACGCUGAAGGUACCGCUGUAGGACGACUUCAAACCUUGUUGGCCAUUAUCCAAACGGUGGCUGCCGCUGAAGCUGAUGCUGCAUCCAAAGCUUCAUCAUGGGCGAAACAGAUCAGCUCGAGCAAAUCAGACGUCCAAGUCAAAGGAUGGAAGUCCGGGUCCGUCUAAAGGAGUUGACGAAGAUCGAGAAUAUUAGCCAGCAGUUUUUUUUAGGGGCGAGUUAAGAGGCAAACAUGAUUUAACGAUCGUUGUCAUCUGAUACAGACGCGAUUAUUUAUCGAAUAAUUUCAUUAAAUAUGAUCGAUUUACCGGGAAUGAUUAUGAAGACAGAUAUGAAUGAUUAAAAACAGCUGAGAUUCGUCCGUGUAAUGUAUUAGCGGAAAUAAAUUGUCGUAGCAACCCGA